AUGGAUGGUUUGCAAGGAUCCAGUACGAACGUUAACCGGAAACGGAGGAGCAAUUUCCUGACGCUGGUGGAGAAGGUUCGCAUAAUUGAAGAUUUUGAAGCAGGAGGUGGUACGCAUGACUUUCUUGGGAAGAAGUACGGCGUAGGAUCUUCUACGGUCACGAGAAUAAUCCAAAAGAAAGAAGCAAUUCGUGAGGCGGUGGACAAGUUCAAGGAAUAUGGUGUAAAUAAUCGAAAAACAUUGAAAGAGCAGACGUUCCCUUUGCUGGAAGAAGCUAUUUACAUCUGGAUUUUACAGCAGCGGCAGUCCAACAUUUUGUUGACAGUGGAUAUUCUUAAAGCAAAGGCGGAGCUGCUGUUUAAGAUGUUCCAGGACCGGGGGCUCUAUGCGCAGCGGUUUGGAUUGCGCGUGAAAGCCGUAACAGGAGAAAAGGCAUCGGUAAACGUUGAAGCGUACCUAAAUUUCAAGAAGGUUCUACAGAAGAAGAUUCAGGAAAUGCAGCUAUCACUAUCCCAAGUCUUUAAUGCAGAUGAUUCUGCCUUGUUCAUCAAGCUCCUAGCCACACGCUCUGUCGUUACCUGUGAUGAGACCGUGGCAAGCGGACGGAAGCAAAACAAGACAAGGUAUACGUUUAUGCCUUGCUCCAACAUAGAUGGUUCCCUAAAGCUUCCGUUGUAUUUCAUUUGCACUGCUGCAAAACCACGAGGAAUCAACAUCGAAGAACUUCCCGUUUCAUAUAAUCAUUCCAAAAAGGCUUGGAUGACCAGACUGUUGUUCCGUCAAUGGUUCCACGAAGAGUUUGUCCCCGCUGUUCGAAAAUUUUCGGCCGAGAGAGGAUUAGAGCCAAAGGCAUUGCUGGUUCUUGAUAAUUGCACCAGUCAUUAUGACGUUGACGAAUCUCUACAGAGUGACGAUGGACUGAUUCAAGUGAUCUACUUCCCACCAAAUAAAACUGAUGCAUUAAUUCUGGAAAACGAACACUUAAGUUUCGAUGAACGAUUGAAGAAGAUUAAUCUUCAACAGUGUAUUUCGUGGUUGGCAACCUCUUGGGAGGAGAUAUCUGACAAAACUAUACGUAAUUCGUGGAAGAAAUUGAUCGAUGGUUUGCCGGAGGAUGCUGUUAAUGUAGACUCGAAAGCGGCCGAUGAUGACUUCAAAGCGCUUGUGUCCAGGAUUGACAGUUUGGCAGGAACAAAAACAUCUGAGCAAGAUAUUGAUCUGUGGAUCAAAGAUCAGGUGUAUGAUGCUGAUCAUAAUCCAGAUUGGGUAACCAGUGAAGUGUUCUCUGAUGACGAGAUUUUGUCAUCAGUUCUCAAGAAAGAUCAACCUGAAAUGCAAGAAGAAUGGUUGGUAGACACAGAAGAUGGAAGUAAUUCGUUUGAUACUUCCAUUACUAGUACCGGAGAUCCUGAUUUUGGCGAUGCAAUCAAGUCAAUUGAUUGCCUAGUUCGCUAUAUGAAGCAUGAUGUUGCAGAAGUAUGCCAUUUGAACGCGCUACGUUCGAAAAUCACUGAAGUUGAAUGGCUAAAACGAGCAUGUUGAAGAACUCUACCAUUUUGUUGAAAAUGAAUUUACGUGGUUUGUUUAAUUUUGUUUGAAACGUUUAAAAUAAAUAUUGUUUUUGUUGAAUAAUAUUCGAUUUUAUUUAUUUCAAUGAUUCAUUUAAAAUUUAUUUUAAACCUAAAAACACCAUCCACGAGCCCCUCGAAAAAAAUUUUACGUUGUCAGAAUUGACGUUUGUCUUCGAUUUAGUUGGGCUAUAGCCCAACGAACGGGAGCCCAACUAAAUCGAAGCCCAACUAAAGAUAGCCCAA